AUGCAGGGGAUGACGGGAAAGCGGAGGGCCGCCGAGCGCGCGCAGCAAGGCGCAGCGGGGCGAGGCCGCGGGCGCGGGCGCGGGCGCCGCGCGUUGGGCCUCAUCCGCGACCGCCGUGCGCGGGUCGACACGUUUGGCAAGCGGAAGGAGACGCUCAAGGUCAAGGCGUACGAGCUCUCCGUGCUCUGCGGCGUCGACGUCGCGCUCGUCGUCGCCGCAGCGGACGGCGACGGCGACGGCGGUGGCGCGGCGGCGGACGUGUGGGAGUCCACCGAGGGCGCCGUGCUGGCCCGGUACCGCGCGCUGGACCCGGAGGUGCGCGCGCGGCACACGCACCGGGCGUACCUCGAGGGCGGGCUGGGCAAGGAGGAGGCCAAGCUCGCCCGCGUGCGCCAGGCCGGGCCCACCGGCCUCGACCCCUGGGACAAGGCGCUGGACGGCAUCGCCACGGCGGAGGAGGCGCAGGGGCUGCUCGAGGCCAUCGACGCCGCGAUACGGGCUACGGAGGACAGGAUGAGGGCGCUGGAUCUUCCGGUCGACGGCGUCGGCGCUGGCGUCGUGCUCGAGGGGGUCGCGCCGCUCGCCUUUGCUGGCGCGGACGGUUACUCGCUGCACGCCCCCGGCGGCGGCGGCGACUACGACAACCAGGCCAUAUGGGCCAAUGAUGGCGUUCAGGCGUACGGCUUCCAGCAGUGCACCACCGGCAGCGGCGGCGCGGGCAUGGAUGGUUACCACCUGCAGAUAACGCCGGACAUGUACGCUGCCGGCGGCAGCAACAACAACAGCGGCCGCCUCGCGACGGACUACCACCUGUACCCGCCGCGCGAUGCCGGCACGCUGCAGCACGGCUACGGCUUCCACCAAUGCGCAGGCACCGACUACUUUGGCAUACCCGCUGGCCACCAGAUGCAGGAGUUGCUGGGGUGGGGCGCUGCCCAGACCAAUAUGGCCAUGUGGUGCACCGAGGAGCCGCACCAUGCCAUGGUGCCUGUCCACUACCCCUCCGCCGAAACCGGCCUCAGCUACAUGGACAUGACGGCGGCGCUCGGUGGCCAGGGCAGCGGCGGCUUGUCCUUUGCCAUAGGCGGCAGCUGCAACUUCGUCAACGCGCCACCAGAACUCUCCCUCGCCAUGGUCACCACCGGCUGCGGCGGCGGCGACGACUUAAUCAACGCGCCACCAGUAGCCUUCUCCCACGCCAUCGGUGGCACCAGCGACAACUUCACCAACACAACGCCAGCCCAGCCGCUCGCCAUGAGCUACGGCGCCGACCUGACAGUUCCCGGCGGGUACGCGACGCAGUGGCAGACAGCCCAGCGCGCCGGCAGUGGCCAGCAGUCCGGCGUCGAGCAGCUGCAUUACAUCAGUGACCUCGAGGACGCGCAGUCGCAGGCAGCCCAGAAGCACCAACACGCCGGCAACGGACCGCAGUCCGGCAUCGAGCUGCUGCAUUACCUUAGUAAGCUGGAGGAGGACACGCAGCUGCAUCUAUGGGGAAACUAA